AUGGCUCGGCUCCGAGCGCUGCUGUGCUGCCUGCUGCCCCUGUCCUGCGCGCUCAGCGCCGCCGCCGCGGGCAGCCAGGCCCCAGAGCCUCGCCUCUCUGGGAAGCUGAAUGACUAUGGUAUGACUGUGCCCUGCAGUACAGAUUUUCGGGGACACUUUCUUUCCCAUGUGGUGUCUGGUCCCUCAGCAGCCUCCACAAGGAGUGUGGGUGUGGACCGGCCACCUCUUCCCUCAUCGCACUCCAGUCACCGGGUGGCUCGAAGCCCCCUGCGCCCGGAAGGAGGGACCCGGCAUCCUGGCAGGGCUGGGCAUCACUUCCUCUACUUCAACGUGACUGUAUUCGGGAAGGAGCUACAUUUGCGCCUGCAGCCCAAGCGGAGGUUGGUGGUGCCUGGGGCCUCCGUGGAGUGGCAGGAGGAUUUUCAGGAGGUUCUCCGGCAGCCCUUGCAGCAGGAGUGUGUGUACACUGGAGGUGUCACCGGAAUGCCCGGGGCAGCUGUUGCCCUAAGCAACUGUGAUGGAUUGGCAGGUCUCAUCCGUACAGACAGCACUGACUACUUCAUUGAACCUCUGCAGCGGGGACAGCAGGAGAAGGAGGCCAGUGGGAGGACACACGUGGUAUACCGCAGGGAAGCUGUCCGGCGGGAGUGGGCAGAGCCUCACGAGGACCUUCACAAUGAAGCCUUUGGCCUGGGUGACCUUCCCAACCUGCUAGGCCUGGUUGGGGAGCAGCUAGGUGACACAGAGCGGAAGCGGCGACAUGCCCAGCCAGGCAGCUACAGCAUUGAGGUGCUGCUGGCAGUGGACGACUCGGUGGUUCGUUUCCAUGGCAGGGAGCACGUGCAGAACUACGUCCUCACCCUCAUGAACAUUGUGGAUGAGAUUUACCAUGAUGAAUCCCUGGGGGCCCAUGUGAACAUUGCCCUCGUCCGCUUGAUCAUGGUGGGAUACCGACAGUCCUUGAGCCUGAUUGAGCGAGGGAACCCGGCCCGCAGCCUGGAGCAGGUAUGUCGCUGGGCACACUCCCAGCAGCGCCAGGACCCCAGCCACACUGAGCACCAUGACCACGUUGUCUUCCUCACCCGGCAGAACUUUGGGCCCUCAGGAUAUGCACCUGUUACUGGCAUGUGCCACCCCCUGAGAAGCUGUGCUCUGAACCAUGAGGAUGGCUUUUCUUCAGCCUUUGUGGUGGCUCAUGAGACUGGCCACGUGCUGGGCAUGGAACAUGAUGGGCAGGGGAAUGGCUGUGCGGAUGAGACCAGCCUGGGCAGUGUCAUGGCUCCCCUGGUGCAGGCCGCCUUCCACCGCUUCCACUGGUCCCGCUGCAGCAAGCUGGAGCUCAGCCGCUAUCUUCCCUCCUAUGACUGUCUCCUGGAUGACCCAUUUGAGCACACAUGGCCCCUACCUCCGGAACUACCUGGGAUCAACUACUCAAUGGAUGAGCAGUGCCGCUUCGACUUCGGCACUGGGUAUCAUACCUGCUUGGCAUUUAGGACAUCUGAGCCCUGCAAGCAGCUGUGGUGCAGUCACCCUGACAACCCCUACUUUUGCAAGACCAAGAAGGGGCCCCCACUGGACGGGACGGAGUGCUCACCAGGCAAGUGGUGCUUCAAAGGUCACUGCAUCUGGAAGUCACCGGAGCAGACAUAUGGCCAGAAUGGAGGCUGGAGCUCCUGGACCAAGUUUGGGUCCUGUUCUCGGUCCUGCGGGGGUGGAGUGCGAUCUCGAAGCCGGAGCUGUGACAACCCCCCCCCAGCCUAUGGAGGCCGCCAGUGCUCAGGGCCCACAUUCGAGUAUCAGAUCUGCAACAGUGAGGAGUGUCCAGGGCCCUAUGAGGACUUCCGGGCCCAGCAGUGUGCCAAGCGCAACUCCUACUACAUCCACCAGAAUGCCAAGCACAGCUGGAUCCCCUAUGAGCCUGAGGAUGAUGCUCAGAAGUGUGAGCUGAUCUGCCAGUCAGCAGACACAGGAGAUGUGGUAUUCAUGAAUCAGGUGGUACACGAUGGGACACGUUGCAGCUACCGGGACCCGUACAGCAUCUGUGCCCGCGGCGAGUGUGUGCCUGUAGGCUGUGACAAGGAGGUGGGGUCCAUGAAGGCAGAUGACAAGUGUGGAGUCUGUGGUGGGGACAAUGCCCAUUGCAGGACUGUGAAGGGGACACUGGGCAAGGCUUCCAAGCAAGCAGCAGCCACUAAACUGGUGCAGAUCCCGGCGGGUGCCAGGCACAUCCAGAUCGACAUGCUAGAGAAGGCUCCCCACCGCAUCGCGGUGAAGAACCAGGUCACCGGCAGCUUCAUCCUGAACCCCAAGGGCAAGGAGGCAUCUAGCCGGACCUUCACGGCACUGGGUCUGGAGUGGGAGCAUGUGGUAGAGGAUGCCAAGGACAGCCUCAAGACCAGCGGACCCCUGCCCGAAGCCAUCGCUGUCCUGGUGCUCCCUCCAGCAGAGGGUGGCCCCCGCGGUAGCCUGGCUUACAAGUAUGUCAUCCACGAGGACCUGCUGCCCCUCAUUGGCAGCAACAAUGUGCUCCUGGAGGAAACGGACACCUACGAGUGGGCGCUCAAGAGCUGGGCUCCCUGCACCAAGACCUGUGGAGGAGGAAUCCAGUUCACCAAAUACGGCUGCCGCCGCCGCCGAGACCACCACAUGGUGCAGAGGCACCUGUGUGACCACAAGAAGAGGCCUAAACCCAUCCGCCGGCGCUGCAACCAGCACCCGUGCGCCCAGCCCGCGUGGGUGAUGGAGGAGUGGGGUGCCUGCAGCCGGAGCUGUGGAAAGCUGGGGGUGCAGACCCGGGGAGUGCAGUGUCUUCUGCCCAUCUCCAAUGGUACUCACAAGGCCAUGCCAGCCAAGGCCUGCCCUGGUGACCGGCCAGAAGCCCGGAGGCCCUGCCUCCGCGUGCCCUGCCCAGCACAGUGGCGGACAGGAGCCUGGUCCCAGUGCUCUGCCACCUGUGGAGAAGGUAUCCAGCAGCGGCAGGUGGUGUGCAGGACUAACGCCAACAGUCUCGGGCAGUGCGAUGGGAACAAGCCAGACACCGUGCAAGUCUGCAGCCUGCCUGCCUGCGCAGGAACUCUCCAGAAUUCCACAGUGAAAGAUUCUACCAACAGGAUAUCAGCAAUGGAGCCCUGCGUGGGGGACAGGUCCAUCUUCUGCCAGAUGGAAGUACUGGAUCGCUACUGCACUAUUCCUGGCUACUACCGACUGUGCUGUGAGUCUUGUACCAAGAAGUCCUCAGGCCUCAACUCUAGCCUGGAUCCCAGUCUGGCUUCACUACCUCCUUUCUCCACUCCUGGGAGCCCCUUAUUAGAACCAAGUGCUACUUUCAAGGCCACAGAGCCUACCAGAAGGCCAGCAGGAUCCACUGACCAGCAGCAAGGCCAGCCCACACAGCUCCCGGAACCACUGGACACAAGUACCUCUGUGACCCAACAUCACUUGGCUCCUGGGACAUCGAGCUCCAGAUCACUCAGGGACCCCUCUUCUGCCACUCCUCAGGGACCACCUUGGGGCUGGACCCAGGCAGCUGUACCAACCUCCAAGGAUCAAGGACAGUCCUGGGAGGAGGACCCAAGGCAUUGGGGCACCAGCCUUCCUGCUACCUCCCCAGUGACUUGAGCUGCAUACGCCCCUCCCACCAGCCACCUUUUCACUAGGUGCCACCCUGUGACAGUGGGACAGGGACAAGGACAGACUUCCUUUUAAAUUAUUUGCUUUCUUCUUCUUGUUUGGGGUUGUGGUGCUCUGUACCCCAUGGUGGGUGGGGGGUGGGGAGAAAAGAAAGAUCAGAGAAAGCCCUAACCAGAGAUACCUCAGCUAGCAGGCCCAGACCUGACCUCUCAGGGGCUCUUAAGGCCUUUCCUGCCAUGACCAUGACUGUGACCAGGACCGAGGGCAGUCCAGCGCUCCCUCCCCAUAGCCACUGGAUCAAGGCAGUUCUGUAGCUCAUCCUAGCAGCUGUCAGGGCUGUGUUUCCAGGUCUUAUAGGGACCCCAAAUGCAAAACAGGGCCAAGGGAGGCAGGGGCUACCCACAGGGCAGGCCCAGAAGUAGGGCUGAGAUGAAU